AGAAGCCGGUUCCUUGUCACAACAGCGGAAGCUCCUCGUCAAACUGCGUGCCUGAAGGGCUCCGCCUAGGGGUGGUCCUCUUCCUCUGCUUCCGCCGCGAGUGGGAGAGGCGAGGCGUCUCCCCGGCGCAGGCGCACUGAGCGCAGACGAGCAGUGCCAGAGGGGAUGGAGGAGAAGCCGGAGCCGGGCGCGGGCCGGGCCGGCGCUGGGGCAGCAGCGAUGGCGGAGGGUGACAGCGAGAAGACUGACAGCGUCACUAGAGAGGAGGCCGCGGCGGCGCCACCGCCAUCCUCCCCUGCGGCGGCCGCUGUGGGCGAGGGCGGCGGGGCGAAGCCGCUGAGCGCGGCGGAGUACGCGCGGCGGGUGCACCAGUGGCUCUGGGACUCGUAUUGCGGAUAUCUCAGCUGGCAGUGCUGCCUACCCGCCCUCCUUGCCGCCUCCGCCGCGCCUGCCUACGCCAACGGCUCCCCUCGCGUCGCCGCGCCGCCGCCCCCUCUUUCCCCACCGCCAGUGGUGGCCGCCGCCGCCCCUUACUACUACAGCCCGUUCUACCUCUUCGCUCCGGCCCCGGCCCCCACGGCCACCGCCGGCCCGGGGCCCCACGCCGCAGCCGCCGCCACCACUCCUCCUUGGCCGGGGGUGGCAGGCAGAUUGGCCCCUCUGCCCAGAACGGCCUCCAGCAGCCCUGCCGGCACCAGCAGCAUCGGCGCCCCCAGGGAGACGGGGCGGCCGGCAGGUCGGGAGUUCAUGAUCCCUUCACUGGCACACAGGUUCAUAGCAGAGAUGGUGGAUUUUUUUAUUCUCUUCUUUAUAAAGGCAACCAUUGUUUUAAGUAUUAUGCACCUCAGUGGAAUAAAGGACAUCUCUAAAUUUGCCAUGCAUUACAUCAUAGAGGAAAUAGACGAAGAUACGUCCAUGGAAGAUUUGCAGAAAAUGAUGGUAGUAGCUCUCAUCUACAGGUUGUUGGUCUGCUUCUAUGAGAUAAUCUGUAUUUGGGGUGCAGGUGGAGCAACCCCAGGGAAAUUCCUGCUUGGACUGCGUGUGGUGACAUGUGAUACGUCUGUGCUCAUUGCACCCAGCCGUGUGUUAGUCAUUCCAUCCUCUAAUGUCAGCAUGACAACGUCCACAAUACGAGCUUUGAUCAAGAAUUUUUCUAUUGCUUCGUUUUUUCCUGCAUUCAUUACGCUACUGUUUUUCCAGCAUAACAGAACAGCCUAUGACAUUGUAGCGGGGACUAUUGUGGUGAGAAGAAAUGGAGUCAGAUGAUACCAAAAGCUGAAAUUUUUCAGACUGGUUUUGAGCAUCCAUCCCCUCCCACUCCUGGUAAACAAAGACCUACCCCAAAACUGAAAUCAAGGUGUCUAUCAGAAUCUUUUGCCCAAAUUAAAUGGGAACUGAUUCAGAAGCUAAAGAAAAUGUUUCGCUCUGGUAUGAUGCCAGCAGCUACAUUCAAAGUAUUUGGAGUUUUCAAAAAUGCCAAAGAAGUUUGGGAGAAAUAAUACCUGUUAUCUCUGAAAGUGUUAACAGCUUGCCUGUGAGGCAAAGGCAAGCAACUGUAUUACUUGUAUUCUGUUCAUCAAUCUGUGGAAAGCAGAGCUCCAUAAAUAUUCCACCUUUAAAGAAGUGUUGUCACUCCUGCAGUUUGGGAUCUUGGCAGGUAACUAGAAGAUCAUUUUGGUUUCCAAGCAGUUGCCUAAGUCAUACAGUAAACUGUGAGAGGAGGAGAGCUGCAGUAUUAGGCACCAAGGCAAGUCAAAGCUGCCUAAUAAAGAGGUGAGAUAACAGCUGCUUUCUCCCGGGGAAGGGUGCGUUAUGCAGCAGUGUUAGUGGGUUGCUGUAAAUAACUGUGGAGCCACGAACAGCACAGGUCACGCUAAUGGAAGUUUUUCAUCUGCUGGAAGUGAAAGCACUUGGCUGUUCCUUGUGUGUAAUACCAAGCAAAACAAAGGGAUGUGUUUUGGCAGCAUGCAGAAAACGUGAACCUGAAUGUGUUAUGGGUGUAAAUCUUCCAAAAUACAAAUACUGGUUCUUUCCACUUGAUAAUUCUGGCUAAUUGUUUGUAUAUUCAGAAUAACUUAAAUGCUGAAUAAAAAAGCCUGGUAUUUUGCAUGAUUACAUAGCUUUGAUUGUUUGGUCUCAUGUUACUGGUAUCUUGGGGAAGGAAUGUAAACAACGAUAUUAAAGUAAGAGCUUGGAAUUCUUCCAGA